UUCGAUGUUGCCAUUACCCAUUGGUAUCCUCGUAGGUUGCAAAUUGCUUGAGCCACUUGCUUCUAACCGAUUUCGUAUCCUGCAGAAGGAAUCUUCCCCAAUACAAACUCACCCGUGGUGGCAGGGGUGGAAAAUGAUUCUUGAAUAUUAGAGUGCCUAGUCCUUCUAUAUUCUCAAGGGCCCAAGGUGCAUGUGGCUCCGCCAUUAAAGUCAAUCCAUUGUCACCAAUCACUUGAGAAAAACUGACCAAAUUUUUUUGAGGCCAGCACUUAACCAGACACCUAAGACUGAGAAUAACGUAAUCAUGCUCUUCAGCUAGACUUGAGUAGUGAGACGCAAAACCCAUAUAGAACACUGGAUAGUGGGUACUUCUGCAUGUUCUAUUGUCGUCCAUAAUUAAAACAUGAAGUUUCGAUUUUCAUCGGGGAAAACAUAUGUGUCACAUUUAUUAUAUCAAAAACGUCAAGUUGGAGAAAACCCAAAUCACAUCUUAGACCUCCAUCAUGAGCAGAAUAAUAUGCUCCAUUGUAAACGUCACUGCCUGCCAACAGAUAUGUGUAUAAAUGUAUGAUCCGGUUGUGCUACUACUCUGCACUAAAACCCUCAUUAUCUGAAGAAAUUAGGCAGGCAUGGCCAACAAAACCUCUUUCUUAACUUUCUUUAAUACUACCCUUUGGCUGGAUCCUGCAUCCACCCUAGCAAUAGUUGAACUCGAUACCAGCUAUUUGCCAACUAUUCUUGCAUCAAUAGUUGUACUUCUUCUCAUCAAGUUUGGGGUGAAUACCCUUAAAAAACAGCCAUCUUUAUCAGCAUCAUUUCCAUUACCUCCAGGACCAUCACCUUGGCCAAUUUUGGGUAGUAUACCCGCUUUAGUUCGAAAUAAGCCAAGAUACAAAUGGAUACUAGGUCUAAUGAAAGAAAUGAAUACUGUAAUCGCAUGCAUUCGUCUUGGGAACGUUCAUAUAAUUCCCGUGACUUCUCCAGAACUUGCUCGAGAAUUCUUGCAAAAACAAGAUGCAGUAUUUGCAUCAAGGCCUAGAACAAUGGCUACUGAGCAUUUAAGUCGUGGGUUCUUAACUACUAUUGUUACACCAUGGGGAGACCAAUGGAAGAAAAUGAGAAGAGUUGUAACUUCCGAAAUGGUCAGUCAUGCUAGACUGGAAUGGCUUCUCGGGAAGAGAAAUGAGGAAGCUAACAACCUUGUGUUCUAUGUACACAGUCAGUGUAAUAAAAACUCAUUGAUUGGAGGUGAAGUGAUCAAUUUAAGAUUACUAACGAGGCAAUUCAGUGGGAACAUAAUUAGAAAAAUGAUUUUCAAUAAUAGAUAUUUUGGCAAGGGAAGGAAAGAUGGAAGACCCGGCAUUGAAGAGAUAGAGCAUGUUGAUGCAGCUUUUGAAGUCCUAAUAUAUGUUUAUGCUUUUGGCAUACAAGAUUAUUUGCCUUGCUUGAGAUGGUUAGAUUUAGAUGGCCAUGAAAAGAUUAUCAAGAGAGCCAUGGGGGUUGUGAAUAAAUAUCAUGAUCCAAUUAUUGAAGAACGGAUUCGACAACGGAGCAAUGGAACUACGAAGAACAAAGUGCCUGAAGAUUUGCUAGACGUGCUUAUUUCGCUCAAGGACGAAAAAGGGAAGCCGUUGUUAUCAGUAGAGGAGAUCAAAGCUCAAGUAGUGCUUUUAUGAGGAUAUCCGGCUGAUUUAUCAUCUCUGCCAUGGCCCAUUCAACUGCAUUGGCUGGAUUAUCCACCGUCGCAAUUAUUAAUUCAUGUCAUGGCAUAGUUGGACAUGAAGGAAAAGCCAGGAAAACAUCAAACGACAGGUAAAAAACAAAAAUUUGGUCACUUUGGGUUUUAUGACUAGUUUUGAACUAUAUAAAAGCUUGUGCUAGGGAAGCACUUAGGCUCCAUCCAGUGACUCCCUUUAACGUUCCGCAUGUAUCGAAUUCAGAUACGGUAGUAUCAAGCUAUUUUAUCCCGAAAGGAAGUCAUGUACUAUUAAGUCGAGCAGGAUUAGGCCGGAAUCCUAAAAUUUGGCAUGAACCAUUAAACUUUAACCCCGAGCGUCAUUUAGCUAAUGUGAAUCUCACCGAGCGGGAACUACGAUUCAUAUCGUUUACUACUGGAUGUAGAGGAUGUGUUGGUGGUGCACUUGGGACGGCAAUUACUAUCAUGUUAUUAGCUAGGCUAUUUCAAGGGUUUGACUGGAGUGCUCCACCAGGCGGGUCAAUGAUAGAUCUUUCUGAAUCGGCUAAUGAUCUAUUUUUGGCUAAGCCAUUAUGUGCUCAUGCCAAACCAAGGCUGCCUUUUCAUAUUUACCAGGAAGAGUAAUCAAAUUAUACUGGGCACUGGCAUGUGUAUCUUAGAACUAAGUUAAGAGUAGAAAACGUUUUUGCUUGCAUGUGGCUGUUGUUGCUUUGUCAGGUUUGUUAUAGCCAUUUCUUUUUCUUUUUGUUGCACUUGUAUUGUUGUGCUCACCCUCUUAUACUUCGUUUUUUUUUUCUCGUUUUCUAAUAAAAUCUCAAGAUUCUCAACCUUUUUACCUCAUGAGAAAUAGCUUGUGAUUAUUUCAUUCAGUUUUCAAUUAAAUACAGAUUUACAUUAGUGCCCCCCUAUCAAUUCAAUGCUGUCAUUCCCCAUUGGUAUAUUUGUGGUUUGCAAAUUAAUUUGAACAGUAA